GUGCUGGAGCAACUCGCCUGGCUGGUGGGGGUGCUGGGAGCAACUCACGUGGCUGGUGGGGGUGCUGGGAGCAACUCAACUGGCUGGUGGGGGUGCUGGGAGCAACUCAACUGGCUGGUGGGGGUGCUGGGAGCAACUCGCCUGGCUGGUGGGGGUGCUGAGAGCAACUCGCCUGGCUGUGGGGUUGCAGGGAGCAACUCACCUGGCUGGUGGGGGUGCUGGGAGCAACUCGCCUGGCUGGUGGGGGUGCUGGGAGCAACUGACCUGGCUGGUGGGGGUGCUGGGAGCAACUCACCUGGCUGGUGGGGUGCUGGGAGCAACUCACCUGUCUGGUGGGGGUGCUGGGAGCAACUCGCCUGGCUGGUGGGGGUGCUGGGAGCAACUCGCUUGGCCGGUGGGGGUGCUGGGAGCAACUCGCCUGGCUGGUGGGGGUGCUGGGAGCAACUCGCCUGGCUGGUGGGGUGCUGGGAGCAACUCCCCUGGCUGGUGGGGGUGCUGGGAGGAACUCGCCUGGCUGGAGCAACUCGCCUGGCUGGUGGGGGUGCUGGGAGCAACUCGCCUGGCUGGUGGGGGUGCUGGGAGCAACUCGCCUGGCUGGUGGGGGUGCUGUGAGCAACUCGCCUGGCUGGUGGGGGUGCUGGGAGCAACUCGCCUGGCCGGUGGGGUGCUGAGAGCAACUCACCUGGAUGGUGGGGGUGCUGGGAGCAACUCAACUGGCUGGUGGGGGUGCUGGGAGCAACUCGACUGGCUGGUGGGGGUGCUGGGAGCAACUCGCCUGGCUGGUGGGGGUGUUGGGAGCAACUCGCCUGGCUGGUGGGGGUGCUGGGAGCAACUCGUCUGGCUGGUGGGGGUGCUGGGAGCAACUCACCUGGCUGGUGGGGGUGCUGGGAGCAACUCGCCUGGCUGGUGGGCCGGUGGGGGUGCUGGGAGCAACUCGCCUGGCUGGUGGGGGUGUUGGGAGCAACUUGCCUGGCUGGUGGGGGUGCUGGGAGCAACUCGUCUGGCUGGUGGGGUACUGGGAGCAACUCACCUGGCUGGUGGGGGUGCUGGGAGCAACUCGCUUGGCUGGUGGGGGUGCUGGGAGCAACUCGCCUGGCGGGUGCGGGUGCUGGGAGCAACUCGUCUGGCUGGUGGGGGUGCUGGGAGCAACUCGCCUGGCUGGUGGGGGUGCUGGGAGCAACUCGACUGCUGGUGGGGGUGCUGGGAGCAACUCAACUGGCUGGUGGGGGUGCUGGGAGCAACUCGCCUGGCUGGUGGGGGUGCUGGGAGCAACUCAACUGGCUGGUGGGGGCGCUGGGAGCAACUCGUCUGGCUAGUGGGAGUGCUGGGAGCAACUCGCCUGGCUGGUGGGGGUGCUGGGAGCAACUUGCCUGGCUGGUGGGGGCGCUGGGAGCAACUCGUCUGGCUGGUGGGGGUGCAGGGAGCAACUCACCUGGCUGGUGGGGGUGCUGGGAGCAACUCGCCUGGCUGGCGGGGGUGCUGGGAGCAACUUGCCUGGCUGGUGGGGGUGCUAGGAGCAACUUGCCUGGCUGGUGGGGGUGCUGUGAGCAACUCGCCUUGCCUGUGGGGGAGCUGGGAGCAACUCACCUGUCUGGUGGGGGUGCUGGGAGCAACUCGCCUGGCUGGUGGGGGUGCUGGGAGCAACUCGCUUGGCCGGUGGGGGUGCUGGGAGCAACUCGCCUGGCUGGUGGGGGUGCUAGGAGCAACUCGCCUGGCUGGUGGGGGUGCUGGGAGCAACUCGCCUGGCUGGUGGGGGUGCUGGAAGCAACUCGCCUGGCUGGUGGGGUGGUGGGAGCAACUCGCCUGGCUGGUGAGGGUGCUGGGAGCAACUCACCUGGCUGGUGGGGGUGCUGGGAGCAACUCACCUGGCUGGUGGGGUUGCUGGGAGCAACUCGCCUGGCUGGUGGGGGUGCUGGGAGCAACUCGCCUGGCUGGUGGGGGUGCUGGAGCAACUCGCCUGGCUGGUGCGGGUGCUGGGAGCAACUCACCUAGCCGGUGGGGUGCUGGGAGCAACUCGCCUGGCUGGUGGGGGUGUUGGGAGCAACUCGCCUGGCUGGUGGGGGUGCUGGGAGCAACUCGUGUGGCUGGUGGGGGUGCUGGGAGCAACUCACCUGGCUGGUGGGGGUGCUGGGAGCAACUCGCUUGGCUGGUGGGGGUGCUGGGAGCAACUCGCCUGGCGGGUGCGGGUGCUGGGAGCAACUCGUCUGGCUGGUGGGGGUGCUGGGAGCAACUCGCCUGGCUGGUGGGGGUGCUGGGAGCAACUCGACUGGCUGGUGGGGGUGCUGGGAGCAACUCAACUGGCUGGUGGGGGUGCUGGAGCAACUCGCCUGGCUGGUGGGGGUGCUGGGAGCAACUCAAUUGGCUGGUGGGGGCGCUGGUAACAACUCGUCUGGCUGGUGGGAGUGCUGGGAGCAACUCGCCUGGCUGGUGGGGGUGCUGGGAGCAACUUGCCUGGCUGGUGGGGGCGCUGGGAGCAACUCGUCUGGCUGGUGGGGGUGCAGGGAGCAACUCACGUGGCUGGUGGGGGUGCUGGGAGCAACUCGCCUGGCUGGCGGGGGUGCUGGGAGCAACUUGCCUGGCUGGUGGGGGUGCUAGGAGCAACUUGCCUGGCUGGUGGGGGUGCUGUGAGCAACUCGCCUGGCCGGUGGGGGGUGCUGGGAGCAACUCACCUGUCUGGUGGGGGUGCUGGGAGCAACUCGCCUGGCUGCAACUCGCCUGGCUGGUGGGGGUUGCUGGGAGCACUCGCCUGGCUGGUGGGGGUGCUGGGAGCAACUCGCCUGGCUGGUGGGGGUGGUGGGAGCAACUCGCCUGGCUGGUGGGGGUGCUGGGAGCAACUCACCUGGCUGGUGGGGGUGCUGGGGAGCAACUCACCUGGCUGGUGGGGGUGCUGGGAGCAACUCACCUGGCUGGUGGGGGUGCUGGGAGCAACUCGCCUGGCUGGUGGGGGUGCUGGGAGCAACUCGCCUGGCUGGUGGGGGUGCUGGAGCAACUGGCCUGGCCGGAGCAACUCACCUGGCUGGUGGGGGUGCUGGGAGCAACUCGCCUGGCUGGUGGGGGUGCUGGGAGCAAACUCGCCUGGCUGGUGGGGGUGUUGGGAGCAACUCGCCUGGCUGGUGGGGGUGCUGGGAGCAACUCGUCUGGCUGGUGGGGGUGCUGGGAGCAACUCACCUGGCUGGUGGGGGUGCUGGGAGCAACUCGCCUGGCUGGUGGGGGUGUUGGGAGCAACUCGCCUGGCUGGUGGGGGUGCUGGGAGCAACUCACCUGGAUGGUGGGGGUGCUGGGAGCAACUCGCCUGGCUGGUGCGGGUGCUGGGAGCAACUGGCCUAGCCGGUGGGGGUGCUGGGAGCAACUCACCUGGCUGGUGGGGGUGCUAGGAGCAACUCGAAUGGCUGGUGGGGGUGCUGGGAGCAACUCGCCUGGCUGGUGGGGGUGCUGGGAGCAACUCCCCUGGCUGGUGGGGGUGCUGGGAGCAACUCACCUGGCUGGUGGGGGUGCUGGUAGCAACUCACCUGGCUGGUGGGGGCGCUGGGAGCAACUCGCCCUGGCUGGUGGGGGUGCUGGGAGCAACUCGCCUGGCUGGAGCAACUCAACUGGCUGGUGGGGGUGCUGGGAGCAACUCAACUUGCUGGUGGGGGUGCUAGGAGCAACUCGCCUGGCUGGUGGGGGUGCUGGGAGCAACUCGCCGGGGGUGCUGGGAGCAACUCGCCUGGCUGGUGGGGGUGCUGGGAGCAACUCGCCUGGCUGGUGGGGGUGUUGGGAGCAACUCGCCUGGCUGUUGGGGGUGCUGGGAGCAACUCGUCUGGCUGGUGGGGGUGCUGGGAGCAACUCACCUGGCUGGUGGGGGUGCUGGGAGCAACUCGCCUGGCUGGUGGGGGUGUUGGGAGCAACUCGCCUGGCUGGUGGGGGUGCUCGGAGCAACUUGUCUGGCUGGUGGGGGGUGCUGGGAGCAACUCACCUGGAUGGUGGGGGUGCUGGGAGCAACUCGCCUGGCUGGUGCGGGUGCUGGGAGCAACUGGCCUAG